GUGUGGUAAGCAGAGAGAUUCGAUUUUGUCAGAAGAUGGACAUACCAAUUUUAGGAAUAAUAGAGAACAUGUCAGGAUUCUGCUGCCCAUGUUGCUCAGAAGUGAGCCAAAUUUUUUCAUCAGGAGCUGGGGAAUACCUGUCUGAGAAGUAUGAUGUCCCUUUCCUGGGUGUUGUGCCAUUGGACCCUCAAAUAACAACUGUCCAGGAGAGUGGAUUUAAUAUUGAAGAUGUAUGUCCAAACUCCCCAGUUGUUGUUAAGAUGCGGAAACUGGUUUUAAAAAUUAUAGAGGAUUUACAGAAAUAA